CAAAAACACCUUACAUUCAUGCCUAUAAAAAUAAAUAAAUUCAUGAUGCAUCAAAAAAUUUUGUUGAUACUAUAUUUUCUUUUGAGUUAUGAUGGAGUACAAGGAGAGAGGAUUUUGUCCAAAUCAAAAGACGCGGAAUUAGAAAGACAACUAAAACUCUUAAAUAAGCCAGCAAUCAAAAUUGUUCAGACUAAGUAUGGGGAUAUAUAUGAUUGUGUAGAUUUCUACAAACAACAUGCAUUUGAUCACCCGUUGUUGAAGGACCACAAUUUUCAUCCUAAGAUGAAACCGACUUUAUCAAGUACAAAGAAAAAUGCAAGUGACUCAACAAGCAGCUGGUCAUCGACAAUAUGGUCAAAGGAUGGAGGUUGUCCUUUUGGGACUGUUCCUGUUAAGAGAAUUACGAAAGAUGACAUUUUAAGACAAAUACAUCUGCCACCACCACCGGAAGAUGUCACAUUUGAUGCUCAAUUUGAUGUAAGCAACAACAAUAGUGGGCCAAAAGAAAGAUACAUAUCUGGAUAUAAGGUUGCAAUAGCGCGAACUCCAUAUGAUGCAAAUAACAAGUUUAAGGGCGCUGGCAUGGUAACUAAUUUUUACAAUCCUGAAGUUAGUGGUCGUCAACAUAGUGCAUGUCGACUAAAAAUUCAACAAGGCUCAGAAAUCUUACAAGUUGGUUGGAGAGUAGACCCAACAUUAUACGGAGAUACCAAAACUAGGUUAUAUAUACAUACUCAGGUUGAUAAAACAAAUUGUUUCAAUACGUUUUGCUCUGGAUUUGUACAAGUAAACACUGGAAUACCUCUUGAUAUGUCACUCAUGGAUAGUGUUGCACACCGUGGAGGCACUACAUUUGAGGGAAGAAUGUACAUUGAACAGGAUUUGGACAGUGGAAAUUGGUGGCUUUUAUUAUCAGACAACUAUGAACAAGUUGGAUUUUGGCCGCAAGAAAUCUUUACUGGCUUGGCAAGCUUUGCUACCAAUGUUGAAUGGGGAGGAGUCGUGUAUAGUCCACCAGGUGUACCUAAACCUCCAAUGGGAUCAAGUUAUUUUCCAAUCGGAGACAAUCUUUAUGACGCAUUUUGUAGAAGUAUCAUAGUUCUAAACGAGACGGGAAUGGUGAAUCAAGUGGAUAAAGUGACCAUACAUAUUGAUAAUCCUAAUAUGUAUCAGGCUAUUUUUGAACGACUUGAGAGUGAUAAAGUGUCUUACCUUUUUCUUCUUUACGGGGGACCUGGUGAGAAAUCACAAAUCUAAGCUUUGUUAAAUACUAUUAUAUAUUGAUGAUACUUAUUUCCAAUGUCUCAAGAAAAUUGAGAAUUUUUGGUAAACCUAUCUAACAAUUUCUGAUUACUUUA